AUUCCAACUCCCACGCACCACGCACUAGGUACUACUGCCAUCCUCCAUGGUAGCUCGAAGCAACAGCAAACAGCAGAUCGAGCACAGCCGCAGCAAGCAAAGCAAAACAGAACCAAGUCAACACUAACUAAUAGCUAACUACACUAGCUAUACAUUUUAAUUAAUAGCUAAUAGCUACCUUACGGCACCAUGGACUCCUUUUCAGCUUUACCGCCUCUGCAGCCAAUGCCAGAUAAUAGUGUUGCUACCCCUGCUGCUAAUGAUGCUACCCCUGCUGCUACCCCCACCAUUACUGCCAUUACCACCAAUAGCAAUAUCAAGAGGAAGAGCAAAUACAGUCCAAGAAGUCCAAGCGUUCGAUGGAACGAUCAGACGAGCAACGAUGACUCUUUGUCCAUGAGUAUGUCUAUGUCUAUGAGUAUGUCCAUGGCAGAUCUGGACUUGGAGAUGAACAUGGACGUUGUAGAUAUUGAGAGUCAAGAGCCAACGGCCAUGGAGAAGGACCACUGUAGACGUCCACACUACGACGACGAAGACUCGGACUCUAUUCAACUACUAGAAGAAGAGGAGGAGGAAGAAGAGUCCAUUCAACUAGUAGAACAUGAAAAUGAAAAUGAAAAUGAAAAUGAAAAGGAAGGAGAGCAAGACAGCAUUUGCCAAGAUUCCGUUUCCACAAUCGACAUGGCGGCGGAACGAGAACGAAAACUAAGAUGGACGUGUUGUCUGGCACUCCUUCAAGUGGCGCUGUUGCAGAAAUGUCUCUACGCUCUUCCAUUUUUAUUCGGAAAGUGUCGCAAGAUAUUCGACAAUGGAGAAGAUCUAGAUGCUGUGGGCCAGGAAGAUGUCAUGAUGGACCUCACACAAAAUGCCAUGGAUGUCUCCACGUCACACCAUCAAGCGUCAUCUUCCAUGAAUCUAACAGUCACUCCCAGUAGUGGUGGUGGUGGUGGAGGCGGAGGUGGAGGAGGAGUCGCUCCAGGACCUCCUCCCGGAGUAGCAGAAAUGGCAACCGCCGCCGCCAAUAGUGCCGCUUCGGGAGCUGCCAGUGGAGCAGCCGCCGGGGCUGCCGCUGCUGGAACGUUUGGAAUGGCAGCCAUGGCCGGAGCUGUGGCCGGGGCGAGUGUGGCUACACAAGCCGGUGUGGCCGUUGGCGUCGCCACUGUAGCAGCCGUCGCAGUUACCAGUGGAGUUGCCGUCACUGGAGCCAACACAAACGCAACGACGACUACAGAACUACCAUUCCUACCAGUACCAAUCUCCAACUUUACGCCUCCCGAUUGCUCAGCAGCCUCCGAAGAGAAAGUGGGUUAUGUAGAACUCAGUAUCCAAUCCAUACCACCCAAGGAAAUUGGACCCAGGAAAUGGGUCAUGGAAGAAAUGUUUAGAGACAUCUACAAUGAAAUCACCGGCAUGUGUCUGGAUCCAAUGGCAAGAGUCAUGCUAUCGGUAACUCUAGUCAGAUGGGAAACAGAGUGGGGAAUAGACCCACAAGUCAUUUUUGAUUGCCUGGCAAACCCAACAGCUUCUUUGGAGUGCCAGCAAUUACUUCCUGUGGCAUUGGAAGCCUCGGCUCAAAACCAACGAGGCGCUGAUUUAUCAUUGGAAGACUUCUCUCCUCCUACAACAAAUGCUCCUACUGUGGCCCCAUCACUUCCUCCUUUAGCACCUCCUUCCAACAGCGAAUCCUUUGGGGCUGCAUCCGCCUCCCUUCCAACUAGGACUCCUGUUGCUUCUCCAGUGGCUCCUUCCAACAGCGAAUCCUUUGGGGCUGCAUCCGCCUCCCUUCCAGCUAGGACUCCUGUUGCUUCUCCAGUGGCUCCUUCCAUCACUGAAUCGUUUGGGGCAGCAUCUGCCUACGUUCCAACUAUGACUCCUGCUGGUCCACAAGUGGCUCCUUCUACAGUGGCUCCUUCCAAAGCUCCCACCAAAAUGCCUACUGGAUUUCCAACUGCCCCUCCUACUGUUGUCUCCACCAUAGCACCAACUACCCAGCCAACAAAACUUGCAAUGACUCCAGGCCCUUCCAAUGCUUCAGAAGAACCAACCAUCCAGACAGCUGUACAAUCGGUGAACCAACAAACUUCUCAGCCAACUCUCGCUCCCACCAUCCGGCCAUCGCCAUCGCCAAGCAAAGCACCAACUGAAAGCCCAACAUCACAGCCUACAUCACAGCCUACAUCGCAGCCCACCGUGAGUCCAACUGUGAGUCCAACUGAUGACCCUACCAAUAGUCCCACUCCAGAACCUACAGCUGAUCCAACAGAUGACCCUACCAGCAGUCCAACAACAGCACCAACAACAGCACCAACCGUUUCUCCAACAAAUGACCCAACACCAGAACCCACAGUUGCGCCUACAGUCAGUGAAACCCUAGAGCUAACUGCCAAUCCAACUCCAUCACCAGUAUCCACUUCUGACAAUCCAACAAGUGCCACUGAUUUGCCGACAGCCAACCCCAGUCUACUACCUUCUGUGUCUCCCUCACUCUCGCCGUCGUGGCUACCAUCUGUAGAGCCUUCCUUGGAGCCUUCAGAGUCCCCAUCAAGUGCCCCCACUUCAUGUUCAGGGGUACUUGUUGAUACAAGAUCCACAUACUAUGUUUUCUUUGACAGUGACAUCUCUGCACUUACCAAUGACACCCUCAUUUCUGCUUUUGUGAAUGGCUAUGCCAAUAUACCACACCCAUGUUCAGUGAUUAUCAACAGCAUCACAGUUGAAGGCAGAUCUCAGCGAAGAAGGCUACAAGCAUCCCAAACAGUUCUAUUUGAUAUCAGCAGCACCCAGCCUUCUGGCAGGACCUUUCUGGAUGUCACUACAGAUGCUGCAGCAUUCCUUCAAGGCUUCAAUGCUGCCUACAGUGGAGCAACUGCUUUCAGAAUAGACACUGCCACGUCAUCUCCGUCAGGAAGCCCCAGCAUCAGUCCAAGCACAUCAAAAAGUCCCAGUGCACAGCCCUCUGGAAGUCCAUCAAUGGCACCCACCACUGAUGGCCCCUCAACAGGAAGCCCUACAACUCUUCUAUCUUCCCCCCCAAGCACCUCAUCGUCUCCCUCGACGGCACCAAGCAUACUACCAUCCACCUUUCCAUCAGUUGUACCUUCAGGCAGUCCAUCACAGAAUCCAUCAUAUACACCCUCUACGUCUACGAGACCUUCCAGUCUCCCAACCUCAUCUCCAUCUCAACGACCCUCUGUAACACCAGGAAAUCCAACAGGAAGGCCAACAACGAUGCCCUCGGUCCUUCCUAGCAUCUCAUCUUCUCCCUCAUCAGCACCAAGCAAGCAACCAUCCACCUCUUCCAUCAGUUGUACCUUCACAUGUUCCAUCCCAGAAUCCAUCAUUACACCCUCUACAGACCUUCUAGUCUCCCUCUUCAUCUCCCUCUCACAGUCCCUCCGUAACACAAGGAAAUCCAACAAAGCCCUACAGCUAUCCCUCUGCCCCACCUAG